CUUUUCCGUCUCUGCCCGCGUGCCUUUCUUCUCCCUGUCUCCAUCCCUUCGCUCCCGCCGGGCGCCCCACCACGGGCCUCCGUACGCCCGGUCUACGCGCCCGGCGCCAUCCUGAUCUGGUCGGUGGAGUUGGGUCCGUGGACGCGGUCCACGGACGGCCAACGCUCCGACCUAACCACACCACAUUCCUUUCAUCAUUUCAUCCUUUUCCGGUGGUGGGCGGUGGCGGCGACCAGAUGCGACCAAAUUCCUCCUACUCUCUCUCCUCCCCUCCCCCCUACUCGCCCGCGUAAUCCCUCUCUGUCGCUUACCGAAAGCGGAGCAACCGAGGCAAGAGAAAGGGGUGGGCGAGGAAAAGCGAGUUGGCUUCUCUUCCAGUUCCGGAUUCAUCCUGAGAAACAAAUGAUGGCAAUGGAUAUCUGAAGCAUGAAAAGACAAACCAUCUCGCUCUUUUAAACAGUUCAGUUAGCACACCUAAUGGCUGAGGUGUUUGCAUGACAUUCUCUUUGAGCUUAUAUGGGAGCAGUGGCUGUAUUGGUAAUUUAAGCAAAUCUCAGUCACUUCCAGAUUCUAAACUGAAACGACCCUUAAGAAAGGAAUCUCAGAAUUCAUCUACUGGAAACACAAGACGAUGGCAAUCGGGUCUAGAAGCGAUGGAGAAGAAUGUUAGCAUAUCAGUUUCUCUUGAGGGGAAUAUCUCGUCUAUUCCCAACUCUAUAGUCAACGAUUCUAAAACGUCAAUGGAAAACGGGGUAGAUACAUCAUUUAUCAACCAUGCUGCUGAAGCAUGGGCUGAGAUGAGAAGACAAUGGGUUGGACAUCAGGAAGAAGUUUCAAGAAAGCCCCCUCGAGAGCCAGUCAUAAGUUGGUCCACAACAUAUGAUGAUCUCUUGUCGACGAGUGAGCGUUUUCCACAGCGAAUUCCACUAUCUGAGAUGGUCGAUUUUUUGGUCGACAUAUGGCACGAAGAAGGGCUCUAUGAUUAGCUGACCUCUGGCUUUCCGCCUUACUUUUAGAAUGCAGUCAACUUCCUCCCCACAAAAAUUGUAAUCUUCUGAAGAAAUGAAAAAAAAACAUAGUCGCUGAAUAAUUAGUUUCAACAUUUGAAAUAGAAAAAAAACUGUUAUUUGAAAAGGUACUACAGUGGGUUGGUAUAUUUGGUGAUGAGUUAUCAGCGGUUUCUUCAUGUUGAAGGACUCGAUGAUCCUGAAUGAACGGUUGCUUAAGAAUAGAAGGGGAAAGGGGAAGGACAUUUUCUCUAAUACCAUUACUGUGAUGUUAUUGACUAGUUAAUGUCUGAGACCCCUUAAGUUUUAUCAACGUUGGUCA